UAAACUGUCUGGAAAGGAAGUUGUAAUAGAUCGCUUUGGCUUGUUAGAUUGUUCUUGCGAAAUUUUUUCACGUCUGUGGUUAAGUAGACAUCUUAGAAAUUUCAGCAGUAGAGCAGGAAAACGUCACUGAAACAUUUUCACUCAUCAAAUCAAUUUGUAUUCUUUAUAUAAGAAACAUCUACUCUUCUGUAAAAUGUUUUAUCAUCUUAUUUCCGUGUUCUUUGCAAUCUUGCAAGUAUUUGGAAACAUAUAUGCGUGUAACCACAGCGAUGUCUCUUUCACCUUACUGGACGUUGCAACGGAAAUGAUUGCUAAAGCAAAGCUUAAUAUUCCAGUCUGCUCAACUUCGUCUCCAAGAACGAUAACUAAGCCAAUAGACUGUGAAGAAGUUUUGCGCAAUGGGCAUUCCGAAACUGGUAUCUACACCGUAUGGCCUCGGAGUAGGGUGUCCGAUGAGAAAUCUUUGCAGGUGUAUUGCGACAUGGACACCAACGGAGGGGGGUGGACUGUAAUUCAACGAAGAGGAGAUUUCGGUAGAGCCCGAGAUUAUUUCUUCAAAGACUGGGAAAGUUACAAGAAAGGCUUCGGUGAUAUUGAAAAAGAUUUUUGGUUUGGGAACGAUAACAUAUUUGCCUUGACCAGUCAACGUUUGUACUCAAUUCGAUUUGAUUUGAAGGCAGUCGAUGGAGAAACAAGCUAUGCUCUGUACGAUACUUUCUGGAUCGACGAUGAAGAUCACAGUUAUGCGCUGCAUAUCAAAGAUUAUUCAGGAAACGCAGGAGAUUCGAUGGCCGCCCACCACAACAACGCGAAGUUUUCUACUGAAGAUGUCGAUAACGACAACCGUGAAAACGAGAAUUGUGCGUUGAAGUUCAAAGGUGCCUGGUGGUAUAACUCCUGUCACCUUUCAAAUCUGAAUGGCCUUUAUUUGAAGGGACAUCAUGAAAGUUAUGCAGAUGGCGUCAACUGGUACAGCUGGAAGGACCAAAACGAGUCGCUUGAGUUUACUGAAAUGAAGAUACGUCCAAGUAAUUUUAUCAAAAAUGAUAUAACUAUGAAUACGCCUCCAAAUCUCUGACACUUUACUUUUAAAUCUCUUAUUAGCAUGACACUUACUUUUCUAAUUAAACUUGAAAUCAUUACUGUUUUCAUAAUUGAUUACAAGUGAUGUAUUUUACUUAGUUUUUAAUAAAAUUUUCUAAUUAGUG